CGCGUUGGUGUCGUCACUUCCGGCGCGCUGGGGCCUGGCGGGAUGGCGACGCGGCGGCUGGCGCGGCGGGAGCGGGACCCGGAGCGGGACCGGGACACCGACGGCGGCCCCGAGCCUGACCGGGCCGGGAUGGCGGCGCUCCCUGAGAAGACCGUGAACCGCUGGGUCCUGCAGUUCUACUUCCACCGGGCCAUAGAGGCCUACCGCUCCGGGCGCAACCGGGAUUUCCGCCAGUUCCGCGACAUCAUGCAGGCGCUGCUCGUGCGGCCGCUGGACCGGGAGCCGGACAUGGCCCAGAUGCUCCGCAUCAUGCAGCUGCUGUCGCGGGUGGAGGAGGGCGAGAACCUCGAUUGCACCUUCGACAAGGAGUCAGAGCUGACCCCCCUGGAGUCGGCCAUGCUGGUCCUGGACUUCAUCCGUGAGGAGUUCUCUGUGGCAGACAGGACAAUGGAGGCGGUGCAGAAAAUGGUGAAGGAAGCUGCUGUUGUUGUUUGUAUCAGAAACAAGGAGUUUGAAAAAGCUUCUGAUAUCGUCAAGAAGCACAUGGGGAAGGAGCCCAGGAACCAAAAGAAGAGGAACGAGUGGCUGGCUGUGAUCCGGGAGAAGAAUGCCUCUCAUCCAAAGGUCAAGAACUUCUCCUACGAGGAGUUCCAGCAGAGCAUCUUUGAGUUCCUGAGGGGCUACAUGGACGACUCGGAGCCGGCACUGCUGACGUUAUUGAAAAAGACUUUGGACUCAGAGCAUGCUGGCAAAGCAAAAUCCUCACUGGGGACCUCUGAGUCUGCAGAUGGGCUGAAGGACCAGGCAGCAGCUCCAGAGGCCCCAGCAAGGGCAGAGGGCCCAACCAGCUCUCCAGAGGCCUCGGGAAGGGCAGAGGGCCCAGCCAGAGCUCCAGAGCUUGCAGGAGCAGCAGAAGACCUGGAGGGAGCUGCCAGCCCUGCAAAAAGGGCAGCUGGUCCCACUGCAGCUCCAGAGAUGAUGGAAGAAGCUGGUGGCUCUGCAGCAGCUGUGGAACCUAUGGAAGUAGCCACUGACCCAGCAGCCACGCCUGAACACUUACCAGCAGCAUAUGACAUCCUGAAGGGCACUCCAGAGCCCAUGGAAGUAGCUAAAGAACCGGCAGCAGCAGGCCCAGAACCCCCCAGGGUGUCCACCAGGGAAUCACCAAGGCAGCCCCCUGGAGCUGUAACCUCGUGUGGGAUUUCUGUUCUGAGAGAAGCCUUCAAGAUCCUGUCGGACUCCGGGGAUUCGGACGCCCUUUUCACCAAACUGGACCAAACAGACUUGCCUUCCCCCAAGCAACUGUCUCCUUCUGUAUCCCACAGAACCAAGAGAUGCAGAGAAGUGGAGAAUCAAGCUUCUGAGACCUCAGAGCCUCCUGAAAUACCCCAUAACAUCAAAAACUUGUUCAGCAUAAGCAAUCUGAUCGUGGAGUUGGACGGCUCGUCCAGCAAGUCGAGCGAGUGCCCCGACUCUUCCCAGGAGCACGUGGUGUCUUCUGCCUCCAAACCUGCUCCCAAACUGCCUGACGAGCCCUUGUCUGCCCAGAGUGAGAAGUCCUUCCAAGGAAGGUGGAACAGCUCCUGUGGCACAGAGGAGAAGGACAGCUGGAGUGAUGAGGAUGAGCUCUUUGCAAAUGCAGCAUCACUUGAGAAAAACAAAACCUCCAACAACUCCGGCUCCAAGAAACAGAAAUGGACCAUGGAGGAGAGCGAGUGGAUCAAGGAAGGGGUGAAGAAGUACGGGGAAGGGAGGUGGAAAACCAUCUGCCUCAAGUUCCCCUUCAGGAACCGCACCUCAGUGAUGAUCAAGGACCGCUGGCGGACCAUGAAGAAACUGGGAAUGCUCUGAAGUUGGGAGCCAUGGGACUUUCUUUUCGUUUUUGGACCUCAGUUUGUGUUUUGGAAGCUGGACCAGAGUGCAGUCUGUGCCAGUGUGGGAAGUCCCUCUGACACCAGAACCAUGACAGAGAGGAACCCAGGAGCUUUGUGCUCCAGCUGGAUCUGCAAAGAUCAGCGUGCUGCACAUGGCAGGGGCUGUGCAGCCUCUCCGCAUGAAUCUAGAUUGAGACUUCUUGUCCACCUGGCCACUGCAGCCUCUGGAAUGAAUCCCAGCUGUUUGCUCUGCCCAGGUGUGAGCAGAGGAUGAUCUUAUAGGUGACUAUUUCUGUGUUUGUUGUCUGUUCACUGAAUCACUUCUUUCAUCUGUUUGCCAUCACUCCCUUGUGGAACAGGCAGCACUGAGUCCCAGCACUUCUGUGGGGAAGAGAUCCAGGCAAGAGGAUCUACUUGGGUUUUUUUUAUUUUUCUCCCAUUAACGGGGGACAAUGUGUGAGGAGAAAUUCCUCCCUUCCAGCUCUGAGGCUUUAAAAAGCUAAAAUUACUUUGUGUUUCAGUACUUGGAACUGUUUGUUGUUUCCAUGCUAAAAUUUUUAGUUUUGUCUGACUUUGGUCAUAUUUUCUUUGGACUUUUCCUGGUAAUACCCUUGCUGUGUGUGAACUCCAAGGAUGCCACAUCUUCCUGCCUUCAAGUGCCAAAGCUGGAACAGUCAUUUGUAAAAUAAAGAUCCUUUCCUGUUUAAUAGCAA